AUGAAUGAUCUGGUUGUUGAAAGUUGUGCUGUUUUAAGUUCGUUUUUUGCUACUAUCUUGGCAAAAAAGAUGGAGCGCUUACAGGACACAAUAUCAAGAAAACGAACAAAAAGACGUUUUUGGGUUAGAGAAUGGAUACAGCGAAGAAAUAUGUUAGGAGCGUCAAACUUGAAAUCUAACACUAACAUGAGACAAGCAAUUAGUGCAAAAACAAAAUUAGAGGUGACGUUACGGUAUUUAGCUACAGGUGAUUCCUUCAAAAGUUUAGAAUUUUUGUUCCGUGUUCCAAAAAACACAAUAAGUAAAUUUAUUCCAGAAACCUGUGAAGCAAUAUACAAUGAACUAGCAGAAUUUAUACAAGUCCCUGCAACAUCAGAUGAGUGGAAAAACAUUGAAUAUGGUUUUAGAACGCGAUGGAAUUUUCCUGGUUGUGUAGGGGCUCUAGAUGGUAAACAUGUUGUCAUACGAGCUCCUCCCGGAAGUGGUUCAGAUUAUUUUAAUUAUAAAAACAGUUAUGGUAUUGUGUUAAUGGCCUUAGUGGAUUCCGAUUAUUGUUUUUUAUAUGUUGAUGUUGGAGCGAAAGGAAGAGGAUCAGAUGGAGGAAUUUUUCAAAAUAGCUCUUUGUACAACGCUUUAGAAACAAACUCACUAGCCAUACCAAACAAUUUCGUUAUUUUGGCUGAUGAUGCAUUUCCGUUAAAAAAGUAUAUAAUGAAACCCUACGUUCGACGAAAUUUAACCCCUCCAGAAAGGAUUUACAACUAUCGAUUGUCAAGAGCAAGACGUGUAGUGGAAAAUGCCUUUGGAAUACUCGCGAGUAAAUUUAGAUUGUUUGAAAAACCAAUUUCAUUAAAAUUAGAAACGUUAGACAAAGUUGUCCUCGCAUGCUGUGCAAUUCAUAAUCGGUUAUUAAAAAAACAAACCCUCGGUAUGUGA